AUGGCCGAGCACUUGGCUAGCAUCUUUGGCACGGAAAAGGACCGUGUCAACUGUCCAUUUUACUUCAAAAUUGGAGCGUGCCGCCAUGGAGAUCGUUGCUCACGCCUACACAACCGGCCUACUAUUAGCCCGACUAUAUUAAUGGCGAAUAUGUACCAAAAUCCGCUUUUGAACGCGCCGCUGGGACCUGAUGGGCUCCCGAUUCGGGUUGACCCGAAGGCAGCGCAAGAGCAUUUCGAGGACUUCUAUGAGGACGUCUUUGAGGAGCUGGCGCAGCACGGCGAGUUGGAAAACUUGAACGUUUGUGAUAACUUUGCUGACCAUAUGGUCGGCAACGUUUACGCCAAAUUUCGGGAUGAGGAUGCGGCUGCGCGCGCUCUCCAGGCGCUGCAAGGCCGCUAUUAUGACGGCCGGCCCAUCGUUGUGGAGUUUAGCCCCGUGACGGAUUUCCGCGAGGCAACGUGCCGUCAAUACGAGGAGAACACUUGCAAUCGCGGUGGCUACUGCAACUUCAUGCACCUCAAGCCCAUCGGCAGGGAGCUGCGCCGGAAGCUUUUUGGGAGGUAUCAUCGUCGCGACCGCGAUCGCGAACGGGAGCGCAGCAGAAGCCCACGGCGAGACCGGGACCGGGACCGUGAGCGUGACCGGCGCCGCAGCCGGAGCAGGGACCGGGGGCGGGGCCGCAGCCGCAGCAGGGACCGGGGAGGCGGCGACCGCCGGCGCGAAACUUCGGAGGAACGGCGUGCAAAAAUUGCCGCUUGGAACAUGGAGCGCGACGACCGGGACGGCGGCGGAGGGGGAGGGCCAGGGGGCCCACCGCCUGGGCCGCCGCCACCAUAUGGGGGCGGCGGCUACAACAACUGGUGAUGCACUUGAGUAGCAGCUAGCUGACCUCAUAUACCGUGGACAUUGGCUACGGAUACGUUGCGGUCAGAAGCACUUUUCCCAGUGACGGUUUCACGACUGUGGGCAAAGCUAGCGCAGCGGCAGCCGCGUCGCCACGUUUUUGGGUGUGUUGGGGUGUCACCAUGCCGUAUGGAUUAGGAAGUUCGAGCGAGGUCCUUGCGGUUGUGAUAGGCGAGGUCGGGCUUCCAGCGCGGACACAUGAGCCGUUUACAUUAGCGUUAUAAUGAAAGACCACUUACCUCGCGCCUCUUACGAACUUGGAUGGGGCUGCGUGUCGACAUGCCUUUGCAUGCAUGAAUGGACGGAGUGGGCCUUAGGAGGGUAACUGUGCGUUGACUGGAAGGUGUGGCAGUCAUCAGAAGUCAAGCAAGUGCAAGCAAAGCCGGAAUAUGGCUGAAGGCAUGGCCAUGCU